AUGCGAGACUGCCGGGAUGGCAGGUUGUUGAUGAGGUUCAGGGCUUCCCGGGCAUCUGACCUGCAGGUGUGCUCUGGGAUCCUUGGAGUCGCGCGCCUGGGCUUCAUGGACUCUGAUUCCUUGGCCAGUGCAACCCGGGACCUCAUCAAGGACUUCUGCACAAUUGGGAAGCAUGCUCCACGUUCGGCGACUCGCGUGUCCAAAGGGCGCUUCGACGAGGCUUUGUACAAUCAGAUUCGCUCGAAGGUUCAGAUUUUAGUCACGGAUGCGGCCGCAUCAGAGAUCCUGGCAUCCAAGAUUCUGAGAGGUACACGGGAAGGGGCAAACAGGGACCCUGAGCCCCUGCUGCCCAAUGUGCGGCUCAUUGGACGCGACGCUGCCCAUGCUGCAACUCGAUUGCUGAAGCGGCCUUGGAGUGUCAUUCCCUGCGUCCGUGAUGUGGUUGUUAGCACAAUUACCUCUCAGGACUCUGUAGCUCAAAGGAUAUUCCACUCGAACAUCUUUUCGGACAUGCUUCAGAAGGAGAUCCAGAAGGAUGCCCAUUUGCCUCAAGUGGCUUCCCUCUCUGCCGCCAAGCACAGGUUCGCUUCAUUUAGUAAACCUCUUGGAAGAAUUGUGCUUCAUAUUCAAGCGUUGUUCCGUGUUGUACAUUCCAUCAUGUUUCUGCGGGAUGCUGGAUGGUGCAAGAGUUGGUUGAACUCCAUGAAUGGGGAGAAACUUCUCUUGCUGGCCUUAGCAGCCGACGCAGCAGAUUCCCUGCUGGAGUUUGUGAGGGCUCUGGACAGCGAGACCUUCGACCCUGCCGGCUUGAAUAUGCAGGUGCAAGAUUUUCUGUCGAACAUCCACGUGCUUUUUGGAGCCCCUGCUCAAGCAUUCGAGGUCAGCGGGUAUGCCAAGCACUGCUGGCUGAGCCUGCGCGAUAACCCCGUCUUUGUGAUGCAGGAAGGACGGCAAAAACGCAUUGAGGUUACUGAUGCAUGUCGCCAGGCGGCACUGCAAGCCAUGCGGCCCUGGGUGCGGCACGUCUUUGAUGCUUGCAAGGCUGAGUUCCCAGACUAUGACAUUUUUGCAAGCAUGGAGGUUUUGAAUGUCGCAAUUCAAGACGAAGAACACAUUGCAAGAAUUUCGCACGAGCAGUCAUCAAGCUGCAUUGCUUCUUUGUGCAAAAUCUUGCAGGUUUGUCCGCACACGGCUGCAGCAGAGCUGCACACCCUGUUUCCUGUCGCCCGUGGGCUGCAGCGAAGGCAUCAUUGUGGGAGCCGAGCUGCCUGGGCACUUGCAUUGAAGAGAACUCAGCACAGGCCUGAGACUAGAGCUCGAUAUCCUGUCGUUGCGCUGAGCAAGCUACUGCUGGCUCACGCUUGCUGGACCUGCUCCACGUCGGCCGUGGAGCAGAACUUCAGCAAGGCGGAGAGAUGCUCCGGCAGCAAGCGGUUUGGGCCCAAGGCUGCCAGUGCCGAGGCGCGGUCUUUGAUUGUUUUGGCUUUCAAGGCGGACGGGAGCGGCACAGAAGAGGAUCUGGUUCAUCUGGCCACCCGACUUUUCUCUUAUUGCAAGAAGUCUGAUCGCUGCAAGAAUAAAACGUCAAGGCUUGACAAGGGUCUUCGCAGGCAUCGCGGAGGCAAAACUGAGCAGGCGUUCAUACGACAGCGUCGUGAUGCCGUCCGUGCGGUUGCCCGGCCUUUCCGCAGAUGCUUAUCAGAGCACCUGCCGGGCAUCAAUGCUGAGCCUGUGUCAGAGCAAGGUCAGCAAGAGCUCGAUUUUCAGGCGAAGGCAGCACGACAGCGGAAAGUGGAAGCCUAUCGCGAUGGCUAUCUCAGUGAUGACGGCAGCGGCCUUGCAGACGCGGCGAACAAGACCGCCAAGAGUGAAAUCGUUCUUGAUCGGCAACGAGCUUGCAAGCGAGCGCGGAUCCAGUCUGAUUUGUCUGCCAUGCAAUGCAAGGUUCAAUGGAGCUGGGCCCGCCUUCGACAUGACAAGAUCUGGUUGGGUCCAGGUGUGACAAUCCCAAACAACCUUCCGCGGCUGCAGCUGACAGAGGAGAAGAUUGUUAAUCAUGUUGGAUCAUACAUCGCUUUUAGUUUUGUUAGUCAGUGA